AGUAUCAUUAAGCUUUCAUACUCUAUCCACAAUGAUACCACAAUAUCCUCAUGUGAUGUAUGUGCAAGGUUCAAAUAAUCACAUGAAAUAAUCACACAUGCAUUCAUUCAUUUUGGCCUGGCUACCUAAUGUGGCAAGGGCGACUUAGGUUCAUUUCAGGUUCCUGCGAUGCUUCAAUGCCUCCACUGCUACAACAACUAUUAUUACAAUAAUUAUAUUCACCUACCUACCGUCUAGCUUAUCGUAACACUAGAUACUUACUGACAAUUGGUUUCCGUUCACUUCACUUCCGGAUAAUCCGUUCAAGCGCCUGCCUACAUCUUCCUUUUAUUACACCUCUAAGCUUUUACCAUUGUUGUCGGCGCAAUGCGCCCGAGCCCUUCCUGUUGCUCGCAUUUCUUCUGAAUUUCGCUUUCUCCUAGUCAGCCCUCAAUUGCGAGCAAAUAAUGGCCGGCCCACCUUCUUCCAAUGCCCCGGUCACUGCCCCGAGCUCCUCGAAGGUGCCUGAACAGCACACUAUGUCUGCAAAUAACAAAGACGAGGCUCUGAAACACCUCAUCGCGGCGAUCCAGGUCAUCAUGAAAGACAUGGAUCUUGCAUCAGACCCCGGCGACAAGGCUCAGCUGAAGGUCAAGUGCAAAAGCAUGCUGCGACAAGCCGAAGAGCUCAAGAAAAUUCCAAGUGGAUCAGUGUCUGGUGUCGCUGAUGGUGAUGCUGACCAGAAGGCCCAAGCGAAGAAGCCGAAGAAGCUCGUAGAGCCGGUAUCAACGAGAGAGCGAUCGAAAGCGGAGCAGAUGCUGGUCUUAAAGGCUGGGGCACUCAAUGGGGUUAAGUUUCAUCUAUGGAUGAAGCCACCGUCUGCAAGCGAGUUUGUCCUGGAGGGAGGGAAGACGCAGUUUACCGAUGUCCCCGACCUGAAAUUGUCGCCCCAUCAGACCGAAUUCUUCGUCGGUUUCCGCCGAGCCAAUGAUGCCUUACCUCCUCCCUAUAUGUUCAAAGAUCGACUCCACUUAGGGCCCACGAUGCAGAAUGCACGGCCCAUCGAUCUGGUCCAGGACGCCGCGUCAGACUGUUCAGUCGUGGCCAGUUUAUGCGCCUUAACCUCCCGGGCAGAACGCGGACAUGCAAAGAUUCUUAAGAAUUUCUUCUAUCCAUGGGACGAGAAGAACGAUCGUCCUGCGCUUUCAGGAUCCGGGAAAUAUGUCAUCCGUCUCAACUUCAACGGUGGCUACCGACGUUGUGAAGUGGAUGACCGGCUACCUGUCUCAGAUUCAAGCCGCACACUGCAUGUCAUUGAUCGCAAGAACCCUAGCCUUCUAUGGCCCGCGAUUAUGGAGAAGGCAUACCUCAAAUUGAGGGGCGGAUACAACUUUCCGGGCAGCAAUUCCGGAACCGAUCUGUGGAUAAUGACUGGUUGGAUUCCGGAGCAGGUUUGGCUUCAGGAUGACGACACCAUUCCGGCCACCCUGUGGAAACGAAUGUUCAAUGCUUUUCAGUAUGGUGAUAUCCUGGUUACCAUGGGGACAGGGAAGAUGGACCACAGAGUUGAGCGGGAACUCGGCCUUGCCGGCCAGCAUGAUUACGCUGUCCUCGACAUGAAAGAAAAGGACAGUGAGAAAUUCAUCUUACUUAAGAACCCCUGGGUCGACGGCGUAGCGUGGAAAGGUUCGCGAAUCAAGCAGCCAUCAGCGGAAGCGUCUUCAUCUGGAGAUGCGUCUCCCAUGGCCGGCUCUUCCACGUUAGCCAGCUACAAAGACACGCCUGGCCUAUUUUGGAUGACCUUGAAUGAGGUUAUUCAGCACUUUGAAUCCAUCUACCUCAACUGGAACCCCGGGCUGUUCCAGCAUCGCCAGGAUAUUCACUUCUCAUGGAACCUCGAUAAUCGCCCAUGCCGCUUUUCGGUAAGUUUCAUCGAAAAUCCGCAAUUCUCGCUUACCUGCGAGGGGGGAACGGUGUGGCUUCUGUUGUGCCGAUACUUCCAGAACUUGCUCACAUCAUCCGACGACGAUCUUCUACUCGAUGAGUCCACCACCGAGCACGAGCUGUCCGGCCACAUCAACAUCUACGUCUACGACAAGGAUGGAACUCCCGUCUAUAUCAGUGGGGAACCCUCGCCAUUUGCUCGAGGAAAAUAUGUGGAUUCUCCACAGUGCCUCCUUAAGCUUGACUUGCCUGCUUCCCACUCGAAAUCCGCGUACACUGUGGUGGUUUCUGAACAAAAUCUCGCGGCGAGGCAGCAUUCCUUCUCUAUGUCCGCGUUUAGCCACAGCCCACUCACUCUUAGACACGCCGUAAGCAAAUACGCACACACCAGCAAUGUUUCUUCUGAGUGGUCGAAGCCUUGUGCUGGUGGAAACGCGAAUCUUCAGUCGUUUACCACCAACCCCCAAUAUCGUCUGAGUUUCCCUGAAAACCCCUCCCCAGCCUCCGCUUCUCUUGUUCUGUAUCUCGAGACUCCUCCCGCUAACGCCCAUAUCAACGUCAAACUGCUCCAUAGCGCUGGAAAGAGACUCACGUCGGUUAGUCGGCGAGAUAUCGUCGCAGACUCUGGCGAAUAUGCCAAAGGAUGCUGCGUGGCUGAGUUCCAGGACCUCGAAUGCAAAGACUACACGAUUAUUGUCAGCACAUUCGACCAAGGUGUUUUGGCACCCUUCACUCUCCGUGUCGAUAGUACACACAAAACAUCUCUACAGCUCCUACCACAAGAAAAUGCUGGUCGUCUUCCUAUUCGCCUCUAUCCGGCGAGUUUCAAUAAUGUCGGAGCUUCGCGUACCGUCAAUAAAGUCGCAUGUCCGAUCCUCCCCCGCCGCUACAUGAGACUCAGCAUUGGAGCCAAGUUCCUGCGUUUAUCGGGUUCAAGUGGUCCAAGUACACCCCCGCUGUCUCAACGACCCGGAUCCCUUUCAGAGGCCGACCCAUUCGAUUCGAUUGCCUCUGAAAGCAUUGAUGGCCCCCCAUCCCCAAUGAAGAGCAUACCCGCCCUCGAGCCAACACGACUCUACGAACUGCGCCCAACGCCAAGCCCCCUAAUCCGCCUCUCCAUCACCCUUGGCCGCGAGCCCGAUUCCCGCGUGCUCGCCUGCACGAACAACGGCGAGUUCGGCGAUUCGGAGCGGGGAGUCCGCAGCGAAGAUUUUGAUCUAUGGCCGGAUUUGUAUCGGCAGGGGGUGGUGUGGAUGGUGGUGGAGCGGUUGGGGGGUGAUGGAGAGAGGGAGACACGCGGGGGGCCGGAGGAGCGGGUGGGGAUUACGAUGUUUGUGGAGGGUAUUACGGAUCGGGGGGAUGUGCAGGUCGGGAAAUGGAGGCCGUGGAAUCAUUGA